AUGGCCGACUCCAACCCGCUGCGGGGGUUCCCCCGUCUGCGCCGGGCCGCGACCUCGUUUCCAGGAAAUCUGCAUCUGGUGUUGGUGCUCCACCCCACCGGCUUGUUUAGCUCAGCCCCCAGUCCGUCUUCAAGCACUGACCUGGGCUUCCGCUUCAGCCAAGAUGACUUCCUGUUAAAGAUGCCGGUGGUGAUGCUGCGUUCAGUUGGUGAUCUUCUGCGAUACAUCGAUGAAAACCACCUGACAUCUGACUUCACUGCAAAAGUGGAGUACUGCCAAAGUGACUGGAUCGUCCUCCGCACGGCCAUCGAGACCUUUGCGGUGUCAGUGAAGGAGAUCGCCCAGCUGCUGCAGGGCUUUGGAUCAGAGCUAUCGGAGACCGAACUUCCGGAUGAAGCCAAUGCCAUCGAGUUCCUGCUGCACUCCCAAACAAACCGAUACAGACAGAUGAAGGACAAUAUCCGGAGCGUGCAGAAAGAAGGUAGGCUGCUGCUGUCGAACCUGGAGACUGUGAAGGCCUCUAAGAGAGAUGUAGAGGAGGAGAGAGAGCUGCAAUCAGACAUGGACACUGUUCAAAGACUCCUGGCUCAGCUCAGAGACAUGGAGGAAGCAUUUGAUGGCUUCUUUGAGAAACACCACCUGAAGAUGCAGCAGUACCUGCAGUUGCUGCACUACGAAAUGAGUUUUCAGCAGAUGGAGGAGGCACUGGAGAGGAUCACUGACCAGGUGACGGAAAACGGCUCUGUGGGAACCACCGUGGUUCAGACAGAACAGCUACUGACGGACCUGGAGAUGCUGGACACACACGCUCAGGAUGAGAUGGCCCGUGCCCAGGUGCAGAUCCUGCAUGGCCACCAGUUGGCCGCCAACCACCAUUACGCCAUGGCGCUCAUCGUCCAGCGCUGCAACGAGCUGCGACAUCACUGUGACGUCAUCACCACUGCCAUACGCACCAAGCGGGCCUCGCUUACCCGAGCCAGAGACCUGCUGCUCCGCCUUGAAGGGGCCCUUCAGUGGUGUGAUGAUGGCGCCUAUCUCCUGGCCAGCCAGAUGGUGGACAAGUUCCAAACCAAAGAGGGAGCUCAGCAGGCACUGCAGUACCUGAGCUGUCACCAGGAGAGGGCGCCGUCUGCACUGAAAAACGACCAGGACAUUCUGAGCCUGGAGUUUGAAGCCAUCCUCACCCCACAGCUGCAGUCCCAAAUUUCCAUGGUAACGGAGAAGCUGAAUGUGGUGCAGUCCAUGAUCAGAAACAGAGAGCAGUGUCUGAAGAAGUUGGCGGAUAUACAAGUCAGACCGAUUCAGCUGGUGGCCCCCAGGCCUGACCUCGACCAGGCCUCGCAGCGCUGCAAGUCACCCCUCUUCUCCCCCAAACAUGGUGUGGACUUUAACGUCCUGAACUCUAAGUUCUCCUUUGACCUGCUACCUGGCAAAAGAGCCGCGAGGAAGAACAACAACCAACGCAAGAUUGAGGUAAUGCACGACUUCCAAGGCAACCACAGCUGUCUGUAUGUCUCCACCACUGAGACAGAUUCAGAGGCAGAAGACAAUCCAGAGCAGCUCACACGCCAUAUUAUGAAGGAACUGAUAGCUACAGAGAGGAUCUAUGUGGACGAGCUGCUCUCUGUCCUUCUGGGCUACAGGGCAGAAAUGGAGGACCCAUCCAUGUCUAAUCUUCUUCCCCCAGCUCUACGCUGCCAGAAGGAUGUUCUAUUUGGCAACAUGCCUGAGAUUUACCAGUUCCACAGCAGGAUCUUCCUCCAAGAUCUGCAGGGUUGCCUAGAGACACCAGAGAGGGUGGGGACUUGCUUCCUUCAACGGAAAGCAAAGUUCCAGGUGUAUGAGCGUUACUGCCAGAACAAGCCUGGCUCUGAGUUGCUAUGGAGACAGUGCUCUGAUUCGCCCUUCUUCAAGGAGUGCCAGAAGAAGCUGGACCACAAGCUGGGUCUGGACUCUUACCUCCUAAAACCAGUCCAACGCCUCACCAAGUACCAGCUGCUCCUCAAGGAGCUGUUGAAGCACUGUACGGAGGAGCGAUACCGCUGUGAACUCCAGCAGGCUCUGGACUCCAUGCUGGAGCUGCUGAAGUCUGUCAACGACUCCAUGCAUCAGAUAGCCAUCACUGGAUACCAGGGUGACCUCAGCCAGCUGGGCCGAGUGGUGAUGCAGGGAGGCUUCAGCGUGUGGAUCAGCCAUAAGAGAACAGCGGUGCGAAUGAAGGAGCUGGCCAGGUUCAAACCCAUGCAGAGGCAUCUCUUCCUCUAUGACCUCGCCCUGCUCUUCUGCAAGCGCAGAGACGAGGACACUCACGAGAGGACACCCUUCUACAGCUUCAAAUCCUGCCUCAGAAUGAGUGCAGUGGGAAUCACAGAAAAUGUGAAAGGAGAUGUGAAGAAAUUUGAAAUCUGGUACAGUGGCAGAGAAGUAGUGUACAUAAUUCAGGCUCCCACACUGGAGGUCAAAGUUGCCUGGCUGACAGAGAUUCGAAAAAUUCUCAGCAACCAGCAGAGGCUGCGUCAAGAUGAGGCUCCUUCUCUUCCACUUUCAGACAACCCCCUCUCUGACAGUGCAUCAGAGAUGUGUGUGUCGUGGGGCGGAGCGUCGGUGGGAGGCUGCUCAGCGUGUCUCCCUGUUCCUCACAGCUCCUCCACAACAAGUUACUCCCACAGGCUACGGGGGGAGGAGUCAAUAGACACAAGCCCCGCCCACACGGAACCCGUAGUUCAAUCACCUCGACGCACUUGGCCUGUUCCUGCCCACUCAGUGGCCAUCUGUGAGGGUCUGGAGGACUGGGGUGCAGCUACAGACCUCUCCAACCUAUCGGACUCAGACGAGGAGGAUCAGCCUUCUCCCCUGGUGGCCGGCAGGUACAGGGUCAUGGUAGAGAGCAGCAUGGCCAGCACUGAUGACAUCAUCUUUAACUGUGGCGAUGUCAUCCAGCUGCUGCACGAGGAAUUGUCAGGGAUGUGGAUGGUGAGGAAUGUAAGUCGUGGGGAAGAAGGGCGUGUUCUACCUGAGGACCUGCACAGGAUUCUGGGAGAGACUUGCUAAGAGCCAAUCAGAACAGAGGAAAUAUGACACACACAGACUCACAGACUCCAUCAACUACCUGAUCAAAAAAGGGACCUGUGACACUAUAGAGAUGUUCAUCAGAUCAUCAGAUUGAAGCACAUCAACUGCACAUUUUACUCUUCAAACUACUGUGACAUUUUCUCCUCAGAGGGCUGUAAAAUUCAGAAUGGACCUCAGAAGACUGUAACAAUGCAAAGCACAUAUGUGGGACCUUGUUUUCUUCAUGUAUUUUUUCCAACAGUAGAUUGUUUGGACUUGGGGUAAUAGCUGAAGACGUUAAAUUUAUUGGACAAGAUUUAUCAUUUCUAUUUUCUUAUGAAAUAUGAUCCAAAUCAUGCGUAUGCCUAUUAACAUAUCAUGAAUGUUCAUGUGCCAAACAGCUCAGAAAAUUAUUGUGGCUUCUUUUUGUAUAACGCAGUCAGUUAUGUAAAAUAGCUUUACUUUGUGGUGUCAUUGUUUUCAAUGAAUUCGAACCUUUCUUACAGCAGCCAGCUCCGUCGCUAUGCAUGUCGCAAAUCGCCAUGGUUAUUCCACCUUUUCUUGGGGAAUGUACAUGACUGGAAAAAAACAAGGGAAAUUGAAAUACUCUAUAUUCAGUCAAGCUCUCCCCCAUUCACAUCAGCCAUAGGUGGUUUGUUUUGCCAGUUAAUGGUGUUGGUGAGGGAUGUGUAUAUGAAAAUGUCAUUGCAUACCCUCUAUAGAUAAUCUCGCCUUAUCAUAGCAGGAAAAGUACAGGUGUUAUUAGUAAUAUUAGCAAUGGCUGCAAUCUAUUUAGCCUUGGUCUGGUGCACGAUGCCUCAGUGGGACAUUUAAAUGGAGGACAGCCUUUGUUAAUGUUCCAACUGUUCUUCUCCUGCUACGACAAGUGAAAGUGUUCUUAUUUUAGAUUGGUGAUAAUUCUGCAACCCUUCCAUCAAAUGAAUCUCUUCCUCCUCUGCUGCAGCUGUUAUUGCCACUUAGAUGAGACAUGCUUUAUGUUUCUGUUUGUUUGCUGCUCUGCAUGGACAAAUCACUGCACAUGCCUUGUUGCUUUAUUUCUGUCUGUACUGCUAUUUUACACCAACAUGGGAAUUAUGCUCAGUGUUAGGUAGUAACAAUAAAUAGAUUAGUGUAGAAUUAUAAUUGCCAGCUGAACUGUAACAGUAAUAUUGUGGAUUACUACAUGUAUAUGGACUUUAAAUUUGGUGAGCUGAUUUAAUUAGAAAAAAAAACAUUCACUGGAGACUAUUUUAACUUCUGUAAAACUGCCCAGUCAGAUCUUUCUUCUUUAUGAAAAGACUUUAUCAUCAUACGUGCUGAAGCGUAAUCUCUGAAGGUCAGACAAAUACAGUGUAUAAUUAUUUAAGUUACUGAAAGCUUUUCAGUUAACUGUGAAUAUGUAAAUGGUGAAAAUCUAAAAAAAUUGAUGUUAAACACAACUUUGACAACAGUCAUCUACAUGGUGAAACUUUUAGACAGUCAGAUGUUGGCACUCAUCUGUCAAGUGACCAAAGUUACAUUCCAGUAACUUUACAUUCCUGCAGUAUGUGCUGAAUCUCUGUAUUUUAUUGAUCGAACCCCACUGGUAACAGUAAAGUAAACUAUAGAUUAACUUUAACAAUGAAUAAGAUUAAUUUUCACCCACAAGGGGACAUUAUAGUCACUUGAUAGUGAGUGCCAGACUGUCUUAAUAAGGUGUGACCAUAAAACUCACUAAUGAGUAACAUUUCAUCAUGUUUAAUUAGUUUGAUGUCCACCCAACGCAGCCUAUACUGUAACAUCAGAUGUGUUACUGAUCAGGCUACAAUACGUUUUUUUCCACAGUACCUUUAACUGGUGAUUGCUGCUUUUGCUCAUUUUGCACUUUUUUGAUAUUUUAUGAAUCAUGUGAAAGCUUGUAUUAUAAUGCCUAUUUUCCAAAAUAUAAGCACAGGAUUAUUUGUUUUGAUUCAUGCUGUGAUUUCUUCCCUAUAUAACAUAAUGUGGUCUUAUUGACAGAGCCUCAUAAAGUGAACGCAUUAACACAGGAGGUUGCACUUAUCUUGCUGGAUUAGAUCUCCUUCCAGGGGUACAUCCCAAGUCUCUUAUUUGUAAUUUCCUCGUUUCCUCUCUCCUCGAUUGGUUUCCUUGCAUCUCUCCAUCCAUCCCUGGUAGGAGGGACUAAGACGCAAGGAAAAGUGAGGGAAACGGGGAUGCAAUUAAGAGACUUGGGAUGUACCCCAGGACUCUGUUGGCGUGUACAGACUGUGCUUGAUUGUCAUCUCCUUAACUCUGCUGUUAGUUUCGUUGCACCUAUUGAAGCAGGACAGCUCCCAUCUUUGUGAUCCAUAUUACAUGGUCACACCAAAACUCACUGCCAAUUUAUUUCAGUGUUCAACUAAAAUGCCUUUUUCACAGCAGAGAUUUUGACACAAGAUAGCCAAAAAACACCAGUGUAAUUAAUAAUAUUAACCACGUCAAAAUAUCUGUUGUGAAAAAGGCCUAUUGAACUUUGAACUGAAGGCGCAAUGUACCAAUUUAACAAGGAGGGUGAAAUUGAACUAUUGUAUAUUUUUGCCUUUGUAAUUCUGAUCUGAAUGCAGCUUUAUGGAGUCUGGUGGUGAAUUGUCAGCAUAUCUCUGUCCAACAUCCACCUGAACAGAGGUCUAAUUGGCAAGUGAGUGAAAACACCUGCGUGGUGAGCAGUUCAGGCCUCUGAACACCCACGCAGGUGUUUUCAGUUGACCUGGCUGAUUAGAACGCUGCUCACGACUGUGUUGGUCUCUGUAGACUCAUUGAGUGACAUCUUUCCAAAUUUGAUUCAGCUUUGUUGACCCUGUUGGGGUGGGACAGAUUACACUGUUUUUAUUGGUAGAUAAAGAUUUGUGACCCAAGUUAAACCUGAGCAGACGUUUAAUCAGACAGAGUAACUGAAAAACACCGGUUUAAGAUUCAGGAACAUAAAAUAAAAUUUUAC